CCCGCGGCGCGCGCGCUGGCCGGGCAGCAUGGCGGCGGCGGCGAGCGCCCCUCCGCCGGGUCCUCCUCAGCCGCCUCCGCCGCCGCCGCCGCCAGAGGAGUCGUCCGACAGCGAACCCGAGGCUGAGCCCGGCUCCCCACAGAAGCUUAUCCGUAAGGUGUCCACGUCGGGCCAGAUCCGGCAGAAGACCAUCCUCAAAGAGGGCAUGCUGACCAAACAGAACAACUCGUUCCAACGAUCCAAAAGGAGGUACUUUAAGCUUCGAGGACGAACACUGUACUAUGCUAAAACUGCCAAGUCGAUCAUAUUUGACGAGGUAGACCUGACUGACGCCAGCGUGGCAGAAUCUAGCACCAAAAAUGUCAACAACAGUUUCACGGUCAUCACUCCCUGUAGGAAGCUCAUCUUGUGUGCCGACAACAGGAAAGAAAUGGAAGAUUGGAUUGCAGCACUCAAGACUGUCCAGAACAGGGAGCAUUUUGAGCCUACCCAAUACAGUAUGGACCAUUUCUCAGGGAUGCACAACUGGUAUGCCUGUUCCCAUGCACGGCCAACCUAUUGCAAUGUGUGUCGUGAAGUUCUGUCUGGAGUCACAUCCCAUGGGCUGUCCUGUGAAGUGUGCAAGUUUAAGGCUCAUAAACGGUGUGCCGUGCGUGCAACCAGUAACUGCAAGUGGACCACGUUGGCUUCGAUUGGGAAGGAUAUCAUUGAGGAUGAGGAUGGGAUUGCCAUGCCCCACCAGUGGCUGGAAGGAAACCUGCCUGUGAGUGCCAAGUGCAUUGUGUGUGACAAGACUUGUGGUAGCGUGUUGCGCCUGCAGGACUGGCGCUGCCUCUGGUGCAAGGCUAUGGUUCACACAUCGUGCAAAGAGUCCUUGGUGACAAAGUGCCCACUUGGACUGUGUAAGGUGUCUGUUAUCCCUCCCACAGCACUCAACAGUAUUGACUCUGAUGGGUUCUGGAAGGCCACCUGUCCCCCGUCUUGCACAAGCCCCUUGCUGGUCUUUGUCAACUCCAAAAGUGGAGACAACCAAGGUGUGAAGUUUCUCAGAAGAUUCAAGCAGCUGCUGAACCCUGCCCAAGUAUUUGACCUCAUGAAUGGAGGACCACACCUUGGCUUACGGUUAUUUCAGAAAUUUGACACCUUCCGGAUUCUGGUUUGUGGCGGGGAUGGCAGUGUUGGCUGGGUCCUCUCUGAAAUCGACAGUCUGAACCUUCACAAACAGUGUCAGCUAGGUGUGCUGCCCCUGGGGACAGGGAAUGACCUGGCCCGUGUUCUCGGCUGGGGCUCUGCCUGUGAUGAUGACACCCACCUCCCUCAGAUCUUGGCGAAGCUGGAGAGAGCCAGCACUAAGAUGCUGGACAGGUGGAGUGUCAUGGCAUAUGAGACCAAGCUUCCUCGGCAGGCCUCCUCCUCCACAGUCACUGAAGACUUCGGCGAGGACUCAGAGGUGCAACAAAUUCUCUUCUAUGAAGACUCCGUUGCAGCCCAUCUUUCUAAAAUCUUGACUUCAGACCAGCAUUCCGUGGUGAUCUCAUCAGCCAAAGUGCUCUGUGAGACGGUGAAGGACUUUGUAGCUCGCGUGGGCAAGGCCUAUGAGAAGACAACAGAGAGCUCACGGGAGUCGGAGGUCAUGGCCAAGAAGUGCUCCGUCUUGAAAGAGAAGCUAGACUCUCUCCUCAAGACCUUGGACGAUGAGUCUCAGGCUUCAUCCUCUCUGUCCAACCCACCUCCAACCAUUGCUGAGGAGGCUGAGGAUGGGGACGGGUCAGGUAACAUCUGUAACUCUGCUGGGGACCGGCUGAUGGGCUCGGCAUGCCCCUCCCGGCCACAAAUCUUCCGGCCUCGGGAGCAGCUAAUGCUGAGAGCGAACAGCCUGAAGAAAGCGAUUCGCCAGAUCAUAGAGCACACAGAGAAAGCGGUGGAUGAGCAGAAUGCCCAGACCCAGGAGCACCAGGGUUUCGUGCUGGGCCUCUCUGAAUCUGAGGAGAAGAAGGACCUGAAAACUGAUAAUAGGGUGUGCCCGACAUCUGCCCAUAGUGAGAGCUGUGUAGUUGCCAAGGGGAGGAGCCACCGCAAAGCAUCCAGAGCCCCUUGUGAAAAGCUAGUGAGCAAAGGUCUGUCCCUCGGCAGCUCUGCUUCCCUCCCUCCCCAGACAGGAAGCCGGGAUGGCCUGCCUGCUCUGAACACCAAGAUCCUGUAUCCAAGUGUCCGGGCAGGGAUGUCUGGCUCCUUGCCAGGGGGCUCAGUCAUCAGUCGCUUGCUAAUUAAUGCUGAUCCCUUUAAUGCCGAACCUGAAAACCUAGAGUACUACACAGAGAAGUGUGUCAUGAACAACUAUUUUGGCAUCGGCUUGGAUGCGAAGAUAUCUCUGGACUUUAACAACAAACGUGAUGAGCACCCAGAGAAAUGCAGGAGUCGGACGAAGAACAUGAUGUGGUACGGUGUCCUGGGCACCAAAGAACUGCUGCACAGAACCUAUAGGAACCUGGAGCAAAAGGUCCUGCUGGAGUGUGAUGGGCGCCCGAUUCCCCUCCCGAGUCUUCAGGGAAUUGCUGUUCUCAACAUUCCCAGCUAUGCCGGAGGGACCAACUUCUGGGGGGGCACCAAGGAAGAUGAUACUUUUGCAGCUCCAUCAUUCGAUGAUAAGAUUCUGGAGGUGGUCGCUGUGUUCGGCAGCAUGCAAAUGGCUGUGUCUCGUGUAAUUAAGCUACAGCAUCAUCGGAUUGCCCAGUGUCGAACAGUGAAGAUCUCCAUCCUGGGGGACGAGGGCGUGCCUGUGCAGGUGGAUGGAGAAGCCUGGAUCCAGCCACCUGGGUACAUUCGGAUUGUGCACAAGAACAGGGCACAGACGCUGACCAGAGACAGGGCCUUUGAGAACACUCUGAAGUCUUGGGAGGACAAACAGAAGUGUGAGCUGCCCCGCCCACCAUCCUUUUCCCUGCACCCUGAGAUCCUGUCUGAGGAGGAAGCUACCCAGAUGGACCAGUUUGGGCAAGCAGCGGGGGGCCUCAUUCACAGCAUCCGGGAAAUAGCACAGUCCCACAGAGACAUGGAACAAGAACUCGCACAUGCUGUCAAUGCCAGCUCCAAAGCCAUGGAGCGAGUGUAUGGCAAGCCCAGAACUGCAGAGGGGUUGAAUUGCAGCUUUGUUCUGGAGAUGGUGAAUAACAUCAGAGCGCUACGCAGUGAGACAGAGCUGCUGCUGGCUGGGAAGAUGGCCCUGCAGUUGGAUCCCCCUCAGAAGGAAAGGCUCGGAGCUGCCCUAGUCGAGAUGGACCAGCAGCUCAGGAAGCUGACAGACACACCCUGGCUCUGCCAGCCCAUGGAGCUUGGUGAGGAAGAGAAUGUGAUGCUGGAUCUUUCUAAACGCAGCCGCAGUGGUAAAUUCCGCCUCGUGACCAAGUUUAAAAAGGAGAAAAAUAAUAAGAACAAAGAAGUUCACAGUAGCCUAGGAGCCCCUGUUCACCUCUGGGGGACAGAGGAGGUUGCUGCCUGGCUGGAGCACCUCAGUCUCUGUGAGUAUAAGGACAUCUUCACGAGGCACGACAUCCGGGGCUCUGAGCUCCUGCACCUGGAGCGGAGGGACCUCAAGGACCUCGGUGUGACCAAAGUGGGCCACAUGAAGAGGAUCCUUUGUGGGAUCAAGGAGCUGAGCCGGAGCUCCCCUGCCGCCGAGGCCUAGCCUCUGCAUUCUCUGCCUGCAUCUUCCGCUCCUCCCGAGACUGAGGCCCAGGGAGGACACCACUCAGCCCCGGCCUUUCUCACGGUGCUAUUAUCCCUUUGUUAAUGACAGGAAGCCUGAUGCCCCUUGGUAACAGCUGGAAGUCUUGAACAUACCAACACAGCUACCUUUGAGAACCCCUUUCCUAGCUGUAGUCACGGGGCAGACUGGCAGUCCCACCUGUGGCUCGCCACAGAGAAUAUGGUGAAGGCUGGCCUCCCAGCACCUGCACUCUGCAGAACUUUCUUACCUGGGCCGCAUGCUCGGGUUGUCCUGUGUUCUCCUUUUCAGUGUCCUUAAUUGGUCACACCGGGCAGUACCAUCUCCAUCUCUACUGGGUCUCAGAAGCAGAGUCGGGUCCAGCCUCAGUGGUCCUCACCAGAAUGUUCUCUGUGCCUGACAGCCACUCUGGUUCUUCACAGCAGCCCGCAAAGGGCGCCCACUGCUAUGCCCCUUUUGUUCAUGAGCUUUAGUUUUUAGAAACAAAAGUUAUGUACUUUCCUGGUUUGAAAGUGACAUGGAUAUGUUUCUAGGUUUAUUAGAAUCUGUGAAGGACAGGAAAGCUUAGGCCGGGCUUUAGGGCACUGGGCUUUCCACUGGGCUCUAAGAUGCUACAGGCGUCUGCAGUCUAGUCUGGGGCAGACAAGGAUGAGUUUACACUAGCUCAGCAUUACUGUGGAGACGAUGUAUGCCAUGGGAGAAUGAACAGACAGCAGGAGCAGUCUGGGUCCAUCUCAGGUGGCCUAGAGUCUCAGGCUCCGUAGUGGCUUCCCAUCUGCUGUGAGGACUCUAACCAUAUAGCCCACGAUGCUGCUGCCCUGCCACUAUCUGCUGGGCAGAACUGGUUCUCAAACAGCAGGUGGCACUGUUGGUAGCAGAAGCUCCACAAGGCCCAGACUACAUGCUGUGGGCAGUGCCCAGGUGAGGAUACCCCUGGCCUUCAUUGCCACUGACUUCCCCCUUCCCCACUUUCCUCACGGGGAUUUGUAGACCAGCUGGAAAGGGCUUUAGCUCAGCCUUGGCAGGAGGGCUGCUGGGCUGUGGUCCUUACCCAGAGAGGACAGUGCCGUGAACUCUGCCACUGCUUUCCUAUCUGACAUGAGAAGGAGGUGCUGAGCUUGACUCUGGGUGGGGCCUACAGCAGCCCCAGCUGAGGAGGCAGGGCUGACGUGCUGCUUGUUCUGCAGACAGACACCCUGCUCAUCUUCCCUGUCAGCCACAGGCAGAUCUGAGAGUCCUGGCCAGUAGAGUGGCGGAUGGAGAGCCUACAGCGCAGUCGCUGCUGCACUGUGCCCCAGGCUAGUUCCACCACAGCCCAGAGUUUCACCACAGCCACUGCCUGUCUCUGUGGGACCCGUUGCUUAUCACAUGUGGGCUGGGAGACUCUCUGCCUGUCUGUGGACUUCAUGCCUCCAUGAAAGCAACCCUGAAUGGAAGCAGCUGUCACGUUUCCAUCUGGUUCUGUUUCUUACUGAGCAGUCAGUUGAGACCUGAAUGUGAAGGCAGGGAUCAUCUGGCCUCAGAGAAGUCACAGAGCCUGUGACAGACCAACAGAAACUUAGGUGAGGAGGAGGAAGAGGAGGAGGAGGAGCUGCUGAGGGCAGCAACACUCAAGUCCUUAGCGGCCUCCCGAGAAGGCAUUGCAUUUGGGUGAGGGGUGCUGGAGAUCAGUGUUGUCCACAGCUGACACAGCACUGUUUACACAGUCCACAAGAAAUGAGAGGUCCAGUCUGAGUGCUGGAGGGGCCUGUCAGAGGGGGCAAGAAGGAAGGGUCCCUGAGGAAUUGGAGAAAAGGUUUUGUGCCUGCAGGUGGGGCUCACCCUCAUAUUUAUAAUCUUAAUUUAUAGUGACCACCUGGAGCCGAUGCCUCUUUGUAUUGUUAUGUACAUAGUCCGCAUCAGAGAGUUGUAAAUAAGUUCUUCUCUGUAUAAUAAAAACAAGCCUGUUUUUGAUCUUCCAUUCA